AUAAAAUUUGUAGUAAUUUUCUUAAAACAUUGUCUCUAUACAAUUAAUAUCACUAAGGGUAUGUACGCACUAUGCGGAUAGCCGGAGUGCGGUUAACCGUCCGGUUAACCGCAAUCAAAAAAAUGUAUGAAAAAUUAGUAUUUAUACGGACUGUCAUGCGGCUGCCGCUCAACCGUUGCGGUCGCUCGCAGCACUGCGGCCCGACUGACGGUCAUCCGGACGGUUGCUAUACCCACUACGCGGUUUGUAGUUUGCGGUCGACCGCCCGCCACUGACGACGCACGUGUGUACCUACCUACUGACGCGCUAAAAACGGACGCAAUGAAUUUCGAUACAGAAAAGUUUAUAAUUGAAAUACAGAAUAGGCCGGCAAUAUGGAAUACAAAAUCUACGGAAUACUCUGAGAGAAACUUACGGCAAAAAGCUUGGGAAGAAUUGGUGCAAAUCUAUGGAACUGAUUUACCACAGGAUAAAAAAAAACAACUCGGUCUGGAUCUUCAAAAAAGGUGGAGAAACAUUCGCGACGCUUUUGUAAAGGCCCAUAAAGCAAAAGAAAGCAAGAGUGGGUCUGCAGCAAAAAAGAAGGUCCCAUAUGUAUUCUAUGAUAAUCUUUUAUUUAUAAAAGAUACAGUAACGGUUAACCGCACAGAUGGUAAUGCUACAGGAAAUGACGAUGAAAACACGAGUAUACAGACAGAAGUCAAUGUUCCGUCAAUGUCUUCAUUGCCGCCAAAAAGACGUAAGAAAAACAACGAUGAUAAUGAAGUCGGUGCACAGUUAGUUGGAGUGUUGAGUAAAAAUUUAGAAAGAAAGAAUAUGGAUGAUGACGACGAUCGCCUUUUUUUCUUGUCAUUGGUAAAGGAAUUUAAGAAAAUACCUGAGCACAUGCAAAUGCAGACAAAGUUAGAUAUUUUAAAAGUAAUAAAGGAUGCACAGCAGUUCUGUGAUUAUUCAAACGCGUCAUGGAUUAUUCAAGAAAUAAUCCUCACACUGAUCUUAUGCAAUCAUUGGACGUUGGACGACCACCUUCUCAAAAUUUUGAGGUACAAUCGCCAUUAUCAACUCACAGUCACCAGUCUCAGAACAGUGAACACUCGUCUUAUAUUGAACUUUUUAAUUCUAUUAAUGAUACUGAGGAUGAUUUAAAUGUUUGACAAUAGCCUUUCUUUUGAUGAAUAAAUAAAUAACAAAUUAAAUAUAAAUUAUUUUAUUUCACUUACCUUAGCACUAUCGUUAACUUUAAUUCCGGCUUAAUGCUAUUCCGAAACUGUGUAUCUUGCUUUGUUAUACAGGUUCUCAGAAUGCUUAAAAGUUCUUCAAAUGAUUUUAGACUCAUUCUAGUGUAUUGAAAAAACUUGUCUUCAUACUUUUUGAGCUCUCCGAAAAAUAUUUCAAAAUGUUUAGUCUCAUCUCGAGUUUGCAAAUAAGGAUGAACCCAGUACCUUUUUCUUUGUUUCUUUUUCUUUAUAUAGCGCAAAGCUGCGACUUCUUCAGCGUCCAUCUUCGAAAUGGUUCGAUGAAACCGCAACGUUAUCCUAUCCGCACUUACCGGUUGCGGUUACGGCUAGCCGCCGCCCGGUUAACCGCAGUUGCAACCGCGUCCUGCGGCUAACCGGACGGUUGACCGCAUUCCGGCUAUCCGCAUAGUGCGUACAUACCCUAAUAUCGACAGAAUUUUGAGCUUAAUUUAUUUUUUAAAUUGGUUAAAUGUUUUUUUUUUUAAUAAAAACGCAUUUACAGUAUGUAUAUUUUAGGAACAAUUGUUUGAACGAUGUGUGUAAACUUGUGUAAAAAUUGUUAAUAAGAUGGAAAAGAAAAUAAUUAAAAAUAGGUUUGUUUCGUUUACAUAUGGUUUUAUUAAAUUAUUAAAAUGUCUGUGGUCAGCUUAAUUUAAAAAUCUAUUGAGUUAUUUUUGCCCUUUUAUUGUGAAUUUUGUGUAUAUUGAAUAAAUACUUGGAAAUGAUUAAUAUUUUUAAAUACAAAAGAGGCUGUAAAGAAACGGUAAUUUAACAUAUUUUUAACUUAGCUAGAGUAUCAUCAUCACUACCUUGCUCUGUAUUACAUUCGAUUGCUCUGUACAUCGUUAGCUUAAAUUUACCGAUAGACUCCAUUUAAUUAUAGUGUUUAUAAUGAUAUGAACAGUCAAUCAUCAUGCAGAAAAUAUAGAUGACAGUAGAGCUAUGUUAAUUUCAUUAAUAAUUGUAAGUAUUUACUUGUAA